AUGCCCGACGAAGAAGUCGACGUUCUUAUCUGCGGUAGCGGGUCAGCGGGCCUCUGCGCAGCGGUCUGGCUAGCUCGUUGCGGGGUCAAAUUCAAGAUCCUCGAGCGCCGGGAGGGUCCGCUCCAGCAGGGCCAAGCCGACGGCGUGCAGUGCCGGACGGUAGAGAUUAUGGAAAGUCUGGGGCUGUCGGAGGAUUUGUUGAAAGAAGCGUAUCAUGUUCUGGAGCUCGCAUUUUGGACUCCGGACGGUAACGGCGGGAUCCGGAGAUCCCACCUGGAGCCGGACACGGAGCCGGGGUUGAGUUGGCUGCCCCAUGUAAUCCUGAACCAAGCCCGGAUCAACGAAUUCAUGAUAAAAGACAUCGAACGCGUAUCUGGGCAGCCUCAUAUCCAGUAUGGCAGCGACGUCCAGAGUGUCGAGGUAGACAGCCAGUUAGCCAAGGAUCGAAAGGCUCAUUGCGUCACGGUCAAGGCGGUGGAAAACGGUGUUGAGCGCACGUAUCGAGCGAAAUAUGCCCUGGGUUGCGACGGUGCCCACAGCUCCGUCAGAAAAUCACUGGGGUUCAAGAUGGUCGGGGACAGCACCGACGCUGUCUGGGCCGUGAUGGACGUCUUUGCCAAAACAGACUUCCCCGACAUCCGCAAGAAGUGCGUGCUGCAGUCCUCAGCCGGCAACCUCGUGAUCAUCCCGCGAGAAGGAGACGAGAAAGUCCGAUUCUACAUGGAGAUGCCUGGCUGGGCGGCAAGCGACGUCAAACCCGACAAGGUGAAGCAUCGAGUUGACCAGAUAUUCAGUCCUUACACAGUGGAUAUUGUAGAGACUUCGUGGUUCUCCGCGUAUUCAAUCGGCCAACGCCUCGCAGACAACUUCACCAAAGACCACCGUGUGUUCCUGACUGGGGACGCAUGUCACACUCAUUCCCCGAAAGCCGGCCAGGGUAUGAAUGUGAGUCUUCAGGAUGGAUACAACAUUGGGUGGAAACUCGCGGCUGUGAUAAAAAUGCAGAACGACCCCGCGAUAUUGGAGACAUAUGUCUCCGAGCGGCAAGAAACCGCCAACGACUUGAUUGAGUUCGAUCGCCACUUCACCAACCUAUUUUCAUCAUCGUAUCGGAAGGAACAUGGUGUCACUGCCGAAGACUUUCAGGACUAUUUCAUCAAAUCAGGGAGAUACACUGCCGGGCUCGCAAUAGAGUACAAGCCCUCAAUUCUGAUUUGGCCAAGCGAAGCUGAUCAGCUGGCAUCGGGUGCUACCUCGGAACUGGCUGCUUCUCUGGAACGUCUGAUUCUUGAACGUUUUCACCCAGUGUUGUUGCUCAGGUCCGACCGGAAAGUGCUGGAUGAGAGGAAGAUUCCCAGCUUCUUCAUUCCAAACACAGGGCAUGGAGGAGUGCGACCUAUCUGA